GGUUCAACCUGCGCAUCUCGGACUCCAAUCGGACCCAGAUCAGAAUAAGACUAGAACCUCUACGGAUCAGUAGGAUCAGAGUUUAGACUCUUCUGUCACAUCAGCUCACUUUCAUCCAACCCUUAUUGGUUCGGAUCUUUCUUUUUUCUUAUUAUUUUUUGCGGAUAUUUGAUGUCGUUCUGUCCCGGUUCUGAUCAAGAUGUGCCGGAUCAGCGCGCCCCGCACGAGGCUGUGAACGCAGGACCACGGCGUGCCGAAGCGCGCGCCCCCGGCCGUGCGCGUGAAUGAAGAGAUGGCGCUAAAAGUCCUGAGUCAGGUGGUCUGUAUGUGUUUCCUGCUGAGUGGACGAGUUUCUUCGGUGGAACUAACCUGUGAGACGCUGAUCCUAGCAUCCACCAACUUGACAGCCAGGAUGUUGGUGUUGCUGAACCAGACGUUCACCAUCAGUAACUCAUCAGGUGUGUACUGUAACCUCUCUGUGGACGGCAUUGGGACCUGUUGGCCCCGUAGUGCAGCAGGAGAGCUGAUCUCCAGACCCUGUCCGGAAAAAUUCAAUGGCAUCCACUACAACACCACCAACCGGGUCUACAGAGAGUGCCAGUCUAAUGGAACCUGGGCCCCCCGGGGAAACUACAGUCAGUGCACCGAGAUCAUCGUCCUGAGGAAAAGUAAAGUUCAUUAUCAUGUGGCAGUGAUCAUCAACUACCUGGGUCACUGCAUCUCUCUGGGAGCUCUGCUGCUCGCCUUCAUGCUCUUUAUGAGAUUAAGGAGCAUCCGCUGUCUGAGGAACAUCAUCCACUGGAAUCUGAUCUCAGCCUUCAUCCUGAGGAACGCCACCUGGUUUAUCGUACAGCUAACUAUGAAUCCCUCGGUAACAGAGAGCAACAAGGUGUGGUGCAGGUUGGUGACUGCAGCCUAUAACUACUUUCAUGUGACAAACUUCUUCUGGAUGUUUGGUGAAGGAUGCUACCUGCACACCGCCGUGGUCCUUACCUACUCCACCGAUAAACUCAGAAAGUGGAUGUUCAUCUGCAUUGGCUGGGGUAUUCCAUUUCCCAUCAUCGUGGCAUGGGCUUUUGGGAAACUGUACUACGACAAUGAGAAGUGCUGGUUUGGGAAGAAGGCAGGUGUUUAUACAGACUACAUCUACCAAGGUCCUAUGAUCCUGGUCUUGCUGAUAAACUUUGUUUUCCUGUUCAACAUCGUUCGGAUUCUGAUGACCAAACUGAGGGCGUCGACCACUUCGGAGACCAUCCAGUACAGGAAGGCGGUGAAGGCUACGCUGGUGCUGCUGCCGCUGCUGGGAAUCACUUACAUGCUGUUCUUUGUGAAUCCAGGAGGAGAAGACGAAGUGGCACAGAUUGUCUUCAUCUACUUUAACUCCAUCCUGGAGUCUUUCCAGGGUUUCUUCGUCUCGGUUUUCUACUGCUUCCUCAACAGUGAGGUGCGCUCCACAGUGAAGAAGCGCUGGAUGCGUUGGCACGAUCGUCACUCCAUCCGCAGCAGGACGGUCCGUGCCACAUCGAUCCCUACGUCUCCCAGCAGAGUAUCCUUCCACAGCAUCAAACAGUCCUCCAACCUCUGAUCGUCCAAUCGCAGCCUUUAUUAGGACCACCCCAACCAAUCAGAACUCUACACUUGAACUGGAUCAGAGCAGCCAAUCAGUACAGGACACGUUUAUUAAGGUGAUCAAAGGGUCUGUCAAUCAAGAGGCUGUUUGCUGCAUCUCCACUCGGUGGACUCGACGAAUCAGCUGCUCUUAAUGGGUCCAAUGACGCACCAGGCAGCUAUGUUCAUGCUGUUGAUAUGGGUCUGUGGAUUGGUUAUGUCUGUGCUUAAACUUCUGAUCACCAGCUUUCUUUCCCUGCCUGCCAGCAGGGGGCGCUGCUGAACAUUUAAAGUCUGGUUCUUCUCUUUAUGUUGCUGUGAAUUCUGAAGACUAACCCUGGUUCUGUUUCUGCAGAAUCAAAGCACAAACCUCCCUUAAAGGUUCUAGCAGGUUCUAACACAAUGUUGAACACAUCAAAUGGGCUGCAGCUGAGAAGAAGGCCGAGUUUGAGGAACAAACAUGUGUCAGAGCCUGAUUUACAGAAACAUGGAACAGGUCAGAGAUUAAAUCCUGAGAAUGUAUUCUGAAUAAUUAACCUGUAAAUAGAUAAGGAACAUACAGUGGCUGAGGGAUGCUAGCAAUGUGUAAAUACGUGUUGCACUGCAAAUUCAAAAGGUCAUGUAAACUCGGAAAUGAAACCAACAAACAAACACCGAA